AUGGCAGAAGGGGGGCAGAAAAUGAGAGCGGGAGCUGAGAGAUGGGGGGACAGAGACAGAGAGAGUGAGGAGCAGAGAGAGAGAGAGAGAAAGGAGCAGAGAGAAAGGAGCAGAGAGAAAGAGAUGGGCAAAAGAGAGAGAGAAAGGUUAAGAAAGAAAAACAGGAGCAGAGAUAGAGGGGGCAGAAAGAGAAAGAUGGGGCAGAGAGAGAGAGGAGGGCAG